UUUAUUGAAAACUAUAAUUUUAUAUGAGUACCUCUUUGUUCUAAUGUUGUGUAGCAUGUCUUCUUUGCAGUUUAUUUAUUGUAAUUAACGCCCAAUUGUGGCCAGAUUUUAUUAAUAUUAUUUUAUUCAUAAAUGAGUCUCGACCACGGCGUCUGUUAAUCGAAACGGAAUACUUUAUUGAUCAAGAGAAAUAUUACUAUUUAAUACUAUUCCACUUCAAUGCAAGUACAUGCAUAGGAUUGCUCACAAUAGUAGCAACAGGAUCAAUGCUCUUUGCAUAUCUUCAAUUUGCAUGCGGAGUGUUUAAAAUUGCUAGUUACCGUAUUAAGAAUGCAAUAGAAAUUUACACACAAAGUAUUAAUCUAAGAAACAAAAUUGUCGUUUAUGAGAAUCUUAUUUAUGGUGUACAUAUUCAUCGAAAAGCAAUAAUGUUUUCCAAAUAUUUAAUAUCUAAUUUUGAGAUGUCAUUCAUGUUUUUAAUAGCGUUCGGAGUUCUUACUUUGAGUCUUAAUACUUUCCGACUUUUUCAGAUUCUGUCGUCUACGUUUAUUAAUAUUGAGGAACUUUCAGUAACUUGUGUUGUAACAUAUUGUUGUAUUAUAUAUAUGUUUUUAGCCAAUUUUAUCGGACAAGAAAUUACAGAUCACUAUAAUCUCAUGUUUAUUACUACGUACGAAGUCCAGUGGUACAUAGCUCCAUUAUAUAUACAAAGAUUUAUACUAUUUUUAUUAUUAAGAGGCAAUAAAUCUUUUGGCUUGAAUGUCGGUGGAUUGUUCGUGUCGUCCUUACAAUGUUUUGCCACGCUAGUAAAUGCAUCUUUGUCUUAUUUUGUUCUUAUGUAUUCUGUGGGAAAUUGAUGAAAAUAUGUUUAUCAAUUAAUAUACAUUAUUUAAGUAUAAAC